GCCAACUCUUCACUUUCCUUUUUACGGAAGUUAUUAAUGGUCCCGUACAGGUUCCAAGCCAGGCCCCAGGCGGCUUGUGCAAUUCAAAUGAAAGGAGUGCACCUAGGCCCAAAGGUUCUUUGAAGUGGUCCAGUCGGGGGAUGCCUGUGGCGCCCACCCCCUUCCCAUCCCGUAUUGCCAGAGCAUGCCAUCUCCCGUGUCGUUAUAAAGUACUUGAAGGGAGCCCACCCUCGCUCAUCAGAAAGUCUGCGACUUCGACAUCCACUCAUUCCCUCGGAAACACAUUCUUUUCACGUCCUCAGGACCUAUUCACUCAUUAUCCAAGCGCUAAGUUCAGCUGCUUUACAGUACAAUCCCUCCAACACCAAGGAAUAAACAUACCAUUGUCGAAGCCCAACUCAAGUCUUUCAUAACCACCAAAAAAACCAACCUUCAACUAUCAAAAUGUACUCCCUCAACGCUCUCGCUCUCCUUGCCUUCACCGGCUCCGUCCUCGCGGCUCCCGUAGCCCAGGGCAACGUCGCCGUCGUCUACGAGACUGUCGUCCACACUGCCGUCGUCACCGUCGAGGCCCAGGCUCCCGCCCCUACCCCUGCUCCCCAGCCCCAGCAGCCCAAGGAGAACAUCGUCUAUGUUACCGUCAAGAAGCCCGCCAACAACAAGCCCCAGCAGCCCAAGCCUACCCCCACCCCUACUCCCGUCUACGAGGCUCCCGCUCCUUCUUCCGUCGUCGAGGAGGUCCCUGAGCCCACUGAGCCCGCUCCUGCUCCUGCUCCUGCCCCAUCCAAGGAGGGCUACAUGGCCGUCGUCGAUGAGUGGCGUGCUAAGCUCGGCCUCAAGGCUCUCAUUGAGGAUGCUACUCUCGCUGCCAACGCCUACAAGACCGCCAAGGAUGGCAACGGCCAGAUGGUCCAUCAGCUCAACCCCGGAUCCAUGGGUCAGGUUCUUGCCCCCGGUCCCGAGGACGAGUUCGAGCACUGCUUCGUCGGUGGAUGGCUCUGCGAGAUCCCCACCCUCCCCGGCCUCAACGGUGUCUGCGCUACUCAGUCCGAGGGCUGGUACUACACCUCCACCGGCCACGCUGACAUCCUCACCUCCGGCGGAUACUCCAAGAUCGGCUGCGGCUGGGCUGGCAACAUCUGGGCCUGCGAUCUCGCAUAAGUAACGACCGUUGUGGGCGUUGUUGAGCAAUGAGACCUACGACC